AUGAGUUGUUUGCUGAGUCUUAACUGCCAGCAUGUUUCAGGUGUUCCUGAAGCCGGCUAUACUGUCAAUCUGAUGAGCAUUAAGGUUGAGCCGAUGGAAACCUCUUCGGAAGAUGGAAAAUAUGGAAAUUCAAGACACUCGCCAUCAUCUCAAUUUAGCAGUGUGAAGGUCGAAGAAGCCAAUUCACCGCGUAUACGAUCGGAAUCUUUUUCAUCAACUGAAGAAGGCAGACGAAGCUCAAUCAAUGCUCAAUUGAUACAAAACAAUGCAGUUUGUGUUUGGAAUGAUCGAACGGGACAAUCAGUGGUUGUGUCGAGCAAUCAAUCAACAAAAGAUGCAUUGGCUUCGCUUUGCUUAAGAGACUUGGAAGCGAAACGGAUGGAUGAUCUUGGAAAAAUAACUUUUAAGAAGGAGGAAGACCGGACAGAUGCAGAGAAACAGUUGUGGAAAAUGUAUAUGACGGAAAUGGGACUGAAUCAGAAGGAAAAAGACUCUCAGCAGUUCCAUGAAGGGAGGAUUCAGCAACUGUAUCAGGAUAAUCUCUCCAAAAAGCAAAUAGACCCUCUUCAGACUGCAAUUAGGGAACAAUCUGCAACUGUUGAGAGUUCAAACAGGGCUCGAGCCAAUAGAAACAGUUCACGGAAACGUAAAAAUCAGAAACCCCCAGCUAGAACAAAUGAAAACUCAGUCUCCGGAUCAUCAACCCCAGCACCUUACGUAUACCGACCAAGAGCGACAACAUUCUCUCCAAUGAUGAUCAGAACCGAACCUAACAAACCAAAACUGCCCGUUAUGAGACCGUAUGUCAGAAGAAACACUUUUGGGAUGUCUCGAUUUUUGGAAACAAGCUCUUCGGAACAAUCUUCAUCACCCAGCCCGGUCCCUACAACUUCCAACAGCCAUUUGGCAAACAAUUACGUUUUUACUUCUCACAUAGGUCAAUCUAAACACGUUCUUAUGAUGCAAGAGGGUGCUAAUCCGUCGGAGUCAUCUACCAAUAACAACGAUACACCUGUCACUCUCCCUGCCAUCGAAGACCUUUCCACACUACAAACGACUACAGCAGGUGCCUCCCCUCGUCUCGAUGGUCCGCAGAAAAAUGACCCCGACCAGAUGGCAGUCGUCGUCGUCGAAGGACCUGUACAACAGACGGCACCCCCAAUGCGUCACCAAUCUCCGCCAUCGUCACCUGUUCAAAGGAGUAAGAGUACUCCGCCGAAACUUGACGAAGAUCUAAUCGCAUUUCUUCGAGUGCCUUUGGCGCUUGCCAAAAAACAAGAGGAGGAAGCGUUGAGAAAAAAAUUGACUGAUCCGCCAGCUAAGUCGAAGCCCAAACGAAAACCGCGUUUAAGGCCGAACCGCACUUCUAAGAUUGUCCCCAAUUACUUUUUCACCGGGAAAACUCCACCAACCGGUCCGUCAGCGAUAGUAGCAGGACCAUCAGCUCAGCGAGAAGAGAAGCCAAUAGUCAAAAACAAUCGGUCCAUGUCCACACCUUCUAAUUUUCUCGAUGAAGCAGAAUCCCAUGAGAAGAAGCCAUUGAAUUUGGUUCUCAAAUCCAAUGUGGAUCCCUAUUUGUGGUGCCUGUUCAAAUUAGACGCGUUCACUUUCUCCGAACUAGACAAACUUCAUACGGACUCAUAUCCGGUGAAGGGGACAGAAUCAAAUCGGAGUAUCAUCCGACUUGAUAUGCCCCUUGGACAAGCAAUCCAGGAAAAACCGGCAGGAGCCAUUGUUGAACAACUACAGGUUCAGAAAUACGCCAUACGACCAUCAAACGAUUACCAAAUUCCAGCUUUAUACGAGGGAAUGGACAUGACAAAUGGAAACGCAUCGGGAGGAGGACCCAACGAGCAUGCUGUUGUUGGACCUACAGAUGGACACGUCUUCCACCACAACGGACAUAAUCACACAGACGGGCAGAGUCCCAUAACAGGAAAUCCCCAUAACUGCACAGACAUCCCGGAUCACCACAAUUUCAAUUCACCCUUCUUCGAGCAACACUUGCCCAUUUCAGAUCAGUUGCCAGCGCCACCAGCGCCAUUGGUGCCAUUAUCACAGCCGAUAGAGCCAACACUAGAAGUCGCUCUUGCAUCAGCUGCUCCACUCGAACCACCGAAGAAAACAGCACCAAAGCGCAAGAGGCCAACGAAAGCGGAGCUUAGCGCUGCAGAAGGGUUGUCGACUGAAGAAAAAACAAAGAGAAAGAAGGCAGUGCCGAAAAAGAAGCAAGCGGUUGUGCCACCAGAAGAGCAAGCGAUGCAGAUGGAACCAGUGUACCCUGACAUGGUCAUGUAUCAGCCAUUGCCACCGGUCGCUCCUGCUAAGUACCAGCCAUUACCUUCCGUCACUAAUCUUCUGCCUCCACUUACAAAUCCUCACAGUCAUCCGGCUCAACAACAUCAACAACUGCCUCAGCAGCAGAAUGGUGGUGGACCGAUUCAUAACAAUGCUAUGAAUGGCUAUAGAUAUUCAGACGUGAACGGUGGACCAUUGUCUAAUUCGUCAUCCUCAAUGUAUUCCUACGAAUUUCCGAAUGCUGGACAACAACAUGCAAACGGCGGAUAUCAACAAAAUGGAAUGAACCAUUUCGAAUAUGCUCAGAACGGUGUUGGAAGCUCGGGAUAUUUGCAAAAUGGAUACCAACAGAGCAUGUCUACUGGUUAUCGGCACAGUGGCGAUUCGGAGUAUGGACCAGCUUCUAUCCGUGUCAGUCAAAUGAGCCAACACAACCAUAACAAUCAGUAUGGGAACAAUGAGUAUCAGCAAGCUGCCGUAUACACUGGUGGCUCUUCUUCGUCGUCGGGAUACGACACGUCGCCAAACAACCCAUUCCCACCAACUGACUUCCCUCCACUCUCGGUCGAAAGUCAUAUUUCGUGUACAUCUCGUGAUUCUCACGCGCCAAACUCACAGUAUUCUAGUAUGCCACAAACUCCGAUCUCUCAACACUCCAAUGGAUCACAGUAUAAUGCAAUGUCGGUUUCAAAUAAUAGUAGCCAGUUCUCGCAAAGCAACGGUCAUAGUCAACAGAAUGCAUUCCACGAGCAUCCUCAGACGCCUCAAUCGGUGCCGCAACAGGAUCAGAAUCAGUUCACUCCAUUCGUCGCUCAAGGAAUUAGAAAUAGUGUAUCAAAUGAAUCGGAACCUCGGUCCCAAUCUCAGAUAUCAGCUGCCACUACUCCUAGUGAUUGUAUGAUAAUCAGCAGUGGUAAAGGAUCUCCAGCUGUUCCAGAGGGAGCCAUACAACCGAAUACACCAGUUGGCAAGUCUCCACUCGUUCAACGUCCGGGCGAGACCGUCAUCAAAUCAUAUAGAGUUGUUCAAACUCCGUCCUCUGAAACUGCUCAAUCUUAUGCCAGUGUACAGUACAUCCAAGCCGAUGGGAAUCAAUCAGUUACCAACAAACGAAUGAUGUCAGAAGCUGCCAACCCUCAAAUUGUUGGAGAAAACACGGCUAAAAGCAUUUCUGUCAGAAAUCGUUGGAAUGGAAACAGAAGAAUGACAGAGGAAACUGUUCCUGCCGCUGUGCCCGCACAAAACAUCACUUCCGAUCCGAUGGUACCGGCAAACCAAAAAUUUGGAGAGAGCCUGCAGAAAUCCGACAAUCAGUCACUUUAUUCAGUGCAUUAUCUUCCUCAUGAGACGUCGGAGAAAUAUAAUUCUAGGAAAUCCCAGUCCGAUCUCAGUUUUCCUAAUCUUCUUGCCAUUCUUAGCAAAACUAAUGAGGAAGGUUCAAGUCAACAGUCGCCAGUGAAGAUGCAGCCACCACCGCGUCCACCACCACCAAAGAGAAGACGCAUCACAACAAACGACAUGAAUCCACCAGUUCCACCAGCAAAGCCAACACAAAGUCAAAGACAGCCGGAAACUGUUGGAGAAUUGGUGCAGAUGAAACUGGCGGAGGAAAGGGCGCGAAAUGAAGAUGGCGGUCAACUGUAUCCACACAAUAGUGACCAGGCUUUCCCGGUAUCCAUUAAUACUGUCGUAGCUGCCGGUAACGCUAUUCCACUCAAAAACGAUGGAAAUAUAUCGCUCCAACAACAGCAUGAGACAAGCAGUUGGCAUAUCGACAAUGUUUCACAUGUUAGAAACCAGCUCAAUAUAGCAACACGCAAGCAUGAGGAACACCUGUCGGCACUUAUUGGAGAUACUAAGAAAAAGCAAAAAGCCACCCGGCAAAAAAAUCCAACUAAGGAACAAAGGGAGAAAGCUGCUCAAAUUGCAAGACAACGUGACGAAAUUAAUAUGGCCAAGUUGCAAAGGGAAAAUGCGCUGAAGCAACAACAGAUGCAGAGUUACCAGCAGAAUCAAAUGCAGCAACAACAGCAAAGACAGCAGUACACGGUGACUGAAGCAUACACAGUGCAAAGCUCAAGGAUUGUCGGAGGUCCUCAACAUGCGGCACCAACGCAAACGGUACAGCAGCUCAAAAUGCAAAUUGACAUGGAACUGUCUUUGCAGAAUUAUCAGCAAGAGCAAGAGCGUGGCACGUUGAUGCAGCACCAAAAUAGUCAGCAGUUGGUGAAUGGGAAAAUAUUGAUGCAGCCGCAGCAGUUCCAAGGUCAACAGAACCGGAGCCAAAAGAAAUCCGUUAACCAACGGGGAUCAAAGCAACAGCAGCAGUUGGAACAGUAUCACAUGGGACCAUCAGCAAGUGAUCAGAGACGUAUGGAAAUGCAGCAGCCUUCAAAUCAGCAGCCGCACCAGCCGAUGCAUCCUUCUCAGCAGUAUCAGCAAGAGAUGAAUGCACAACAUCAGGUACCGAUGCAAAGAAACCAUGCCGAUCAUCAAGAACCGCGCCAGAUGCAACAGCAUGCUCAGCAGCCAACGAACGACCAAAUCUCGGUGCAGGUUCCACAGCGUCCAACUCAACUUCCAAUGGAAUCUCCUAUGCAGUAUGAUUCUCCGAUGAAGCAUCAGGAUCAGAUUCAACAGUCGAUGAGUCGGCCAGGAUCAGGGCAAAUGUCUCGCCAAGGAUCUGUUUACAUGCAGCAACAUCACGAGUCUCAGGUGCCACGUCAAAGUUCGAUGAACCACAACCAGCAUCAACUGGAGCAAUCUGGACAGACUCCCAUGAAUCAACAAGAAUCCGGUCAGGUACAGCGCCACCAAGCUCAGUCUCAGCAGCCUACGAAUCAACAAAUCUCUGUUCAAUUGCCUUCGCAUCAGAAUCAGUAUCCGAUGGAAUCUCCAGUGCAGAGCCAUUCUCCAGUGGGACAGCAGAUGAGUCAGCCAAGAUCCGUUCAAAUGCGACAGCAGCAAGAAACACCGGCGGCGCAUCAGCAACAGCAGAAUCACAGAGGAUCUGUCCAAUUGCAGCGAAAUGAGUCUUGGUCUUCACGACCAGGGUCCGUGCAAAUGCAACACAACUCUGGAUCUCCGAUAUCUCGCCAAGGAUCUGUUCAGAUGCAGCAGCGAGAAACUCAGCAGCCAGUGAACCAACAAAUGACUGUGCAGCUGCCACCUCAUCAGAGUCCACAUCGGAUGGAUUCUCCAGUGCAGUAUCAUUCGCCAAUGAGCAAUCGCCAGCCGACUCCACUGACUGUGAAUCAACACGGAUCCGGAGAAACGCAGCAGCAUCAAACGCCGGCAAACCAGCAGCAACAUUUGCAGAAUCACCAACAGAUGAAUCGGCAGGGAUCCAUGCAUCAGUCGCCAAUGGCUCAGCAGCAACCAGGGCAACAAUAUCAGGUUCAAAAUCGCCGCGGAUCCAUGCCUCAGUCUCCAAUGCCACAACAACCCGCCCAACCAAUGAUGCUAUCCCCAAAGCUUCACAAUCCAAUGCAAACGCAGUCUUCGCAACAGAGUGGAUCAUCAAACCAGCAGCACCAUCAAAUGCAGCAGCACUCGGCUCAACAGCAUCAGACGAGUAAUCAGCAAGGAUUCUCAUCAGAGAGUCAGCAAGCCACUCAGCAACAGCCGCAGCAUAAGCCAAAACCUCUAAGGAGCAGAAAGCAACCGACGGGACAACGUCCGCCAAUGUAUCAGUUAUCUGCCUAUCAACCAUACACGACUCAUCAACCUAACCAGCAGCAGCAACAGGUGCAGAUGCAGCCACAGGCUCAGAUGCAGCCACAGGCACAGAUGCAGCCACAGGCACAGAUGUCGCAGCCGUCCCAGAUGCAACAACAGGUACAGAUGCAGUCGCAGAUGCAGAUGCAGCAGCAGGCACAGACGCAACUCCAGAAGCCAGCUCCGAAGUCAAGAUCCAAGAAAAAUAAGGAUUCUGGCCAACAUACAAUGCCUCUCCCGCUCCAAAUGAAUGCUCAUGUUCAAUACGUAGAUACUCAGUUAAGUCGUGUGGAGUACCGCCAUCCGUCACCACCAGCCGGCCAAGGAAAUUCUGCAAGCAUGAGAAAUCCACAGUUGGAAGGGAUGGAUCCAGCGCAGAGAGAACUAUUCAUGGGAACCAAAGCUUUCGUGGAAAGAGCCAAUGAUGUUACAGCUGCGCAGAUGUCUCAGCCUCCAGUGGCAGCUCCACAAGCAGUUCCGCAGGCAGUUCCACCUCCCAAAAAGAAACGAGCUCCACCAAAGAAGAAGAAUGGACCUAACAACGAGCAAACUCUACAGUACUCCCCAUCGGGAAAUCAACAGCAAAUCUAUCAGCAAGGCCUGAGCACAGUCACCACCGCACCGCUCCCGCGCAACCAGUCAACAUCAGAACUUGAGUAUUCAAAGCUUUGUGACUUGCUCCAAAAACAUGCUCCCCGUGCUGAAAUGGAAAUGCAGUACCAACAACAAAUGCAGCCAAAUGAUUACCAUCCACAGAUGAAAAUGCAGAACCAGCAGCCACUUCGUGAUCCUCAAGCUCAAAUGCAGAUGUCGCAGCAGCCGAAUGAUUCCCGAAGUGGAAUGCAAAUUCAGGAUCAACAGCAGAUGUCAAUGAGGCAGAUCAACCAGGAGCAGCAGUUUUUUCAGUCACAAAACCAGCAACAACCUGAGCAGGGAUUCAACGGUGUCGUUCGGGUCGCUCCAACCAACGGAGCAUCAGUAUUGAAUCAACCAGCAGAUGUGUCUUCUCCAACUCAACCAACUGCCAAAUCAUCAAAAUCUGCCAAAAAGAAGAGUCAUCGAGCAACGAAACCGCCACAAUUGGACGAAAAUGGUGAACCCGUUGUUUCUAAUACGGUCCGUUGGAAGCACAUUCGGGAGACUGUAGCUGAAGUCGCUGCAUGGCCUCGGUUGACUGUAGAAGAGAUUUUUGAUGAAGAAGAAGAUCAACCAGUCACCGAACAGGACUAUUUUGAGUUUCUACUUGAAAUGGAGCUCGAAAUGAACAUGCAUCCCUGCCCUGCCGAACUUAAUGUGGAUGAUAUAAUUGCGGAUCCAUCGCUGGAAUCUGCACUUCAUGGACGCCUUCGCAAACGUUUGCACUCCGUGAGAAUCGGAAAAACGGAUCAAACGAAACCAAUCAAACGUGUAAAGAAAACUGAUGAGCAGAAAAAAGCGAACGCUCUGAAGAAACAGGCAGCUGCCAAAAAGCCGGCAGCACCCAGGAAACCUGCUGCACCCAAGAAAACCGAACCGAUCAAUCAAUCGGCAGCGACGAAAAGUUCGGAAGCAAAGGAUAAUGCAGAUAAAGCCGCCGUAUUGGUUCACACAAUCAUGACCGACUUUAAAUCCAAAGAAAACGAUCUCUUGAUUAAUCCAAUCUCAAUUACUACCGGAAAUCUUUUGAUGAUCUCAUCGACAACCAGUUCUUCUCAGUUGAUGACACCUGCCACUCCCUCAUCUCAGGAAAGCUUAUUGGCUCAAACACCGGCAACCACUCCAAUGAAUUCCGAAAACCAGGAACCAGCCUUCCAUUCACUUGCCUCCAUUACUCAUACAGUGUCAGAAUCCAAACAAUCAUCAUCAAUUUCCCCACAGGACUUUGAGGAAAUUGCAGAGGACCCGUUCCAAUAUAUGAUGUCUGAGAACGAUCCAUACCUUCCAAUCGUUGAACGUCCAAUGAAAGAAGAACCUAUUUUGGGUUAUUCAGACGAGCCUGAUAAUGAAACAGUCCAAGAACAACUUGUAAUUUCUGUUGAAGGUGAAGCUCAAUACGUCCCAGUGGUCACGAUUCACGAUGAUGUGAAUCCGAAACCAUCGACGGAUGUGUUAAUUCAGCCCCCAAGUCACGGACUCAUGGACAUGGGAUUCGAAAACAACUACUUGUUCAGCACGGUUCAUUCGCCGUUCUCUCGUGAUGAUCCGUUGUUGUCUUCUGUGAUAGAAGAUGAUGGGUUCUUGCUCGAACGCCCUUCGUCUGCUCAAUUAAUGAACGAUAAUCGUUUGUCACUCGCUGUGCCGUUUGAAGAUGCAUUUGAUGAUCUGUUUGAGACGCCUGAGAAGCAAAGCGGCAAUUCUUCUGAUAGAAGUGCGUCGCCGGAUCUUUUUGGUGGUGACUCCACUUCUGAUUUCGGUGCAUCUGCAUCAACUUCGUUCUCCUGGGAGUCUGCGGAAUGGGUUCCAACCAUCUAA